AUGGCUUCAGACAAAAUUUCCUUGUUCAAGGAAGCAGUGAUUCUUAAGGGAAAGACAUAACUUGCCCCAGAGAAAAAAACCCUGGGUGUAAAACAUUUACACUAGCCCUGGGUUUGUUGGAAGAGCAGUUCGAGAAGACGUUCUGCUGCUUUUACUUUAAUGAACAGGACAGGAGUUAAUAAACCAAACCCAAAUAUUACAUUCAUGGAUGCCACGGGGUGAAAUUUAACUAAAAGCAGAGGAAACAAAUAGAUAAUCAGGAUGAAUAGCUUCCUAAUUCCACAGCAGUUGGAGCGUCUUUGAAGUCUGGCCCUGGAUGCUCUUCCUCUUCCUCCUCCUGUCUUGGCUGUUUCAGAGUCUGUGCCACAUCUUGGUGUGCUAUGGACAGCCACUCCUCUUACACUGCAAAAGCAUGGCUUUUUAUUGCCUGGAGACUAGAACACCCGAGCAGCCACGCCACACCUUUCACGUGAGCACAGCCACAACCUCUCUGGUCUGGAGCACUGGGUCUUUCUGGAGGUUGAGUGGCUUCCUGCAAAUGGGCUUACGGGAGAGGGACCCUAUUGUCUUUCCUUGCUCAGUGAUAAAUGAAAACAAAAUUACCUUGAGAUCACAGCAGGGCGUUUUACAGAAUUCAAGAUUUUAAACACCCCUUCAUCCAACAGGGAAUACUAGAUUCAGCAACAGCCUUACAGUGAUGAGCAACAGAGGUGCGCCUGUUCUGAGUCUACGAUAGAGAUGAAUCUGGCUCUAUCUCUUGGGGGCUGUAAGGCUGCUAACACCCAUCUCCUCUCUUGUCUCUUUGCAGAACUCCCCACCAUUCGGAGAUGGAUUAUGAAUAUAAUUAUUCAUAUUCUAAUUUCUCAGAGACACCUCUCAGCAUAGAGAAGAGAAGCCUGAGUCCAGUCGCCCUGGUGGCUAUUGUCCUCUAUGGCCUGGUGUUUCUAGUUGGCACGCUGGGCAAUGGGGCUGUCAUCUGGGUUGUGGGGUUCCAGAUGCAGCGCACAGUGAGCUCAGUCUGGUUCCUUAAUCUCUCCGUAGCAGACCUUCUCUGCUGCCUGCCUCUGCCUGUUUUGGCCAUGUCCCUAGGCUCUGAGAACAGCUGGGUGCUGGGAGACUUUACCUGCAAGCUCUUGCCCUCGCUCAUCAUCCUCAACAUGUUUGCCAGCAUCCUGCUGCUGGCCCUAAUCAGCAUGGAUCGGUGUGCCCUUGUGGUGAAGCCCAUCUGGUGCCAGAAUCACCGUUCGACCCGGUUAGCCUGGAAGCUGUGUGGUGUGGCCUGGGCCUCUGCUGUCUUCCUCACUCUGCCCUCCUUCAUGACCAGAAUGACCAAAUACUAUGAGUAUUAUAACCUGACAGUGUGCAUGGUUGACUAUGGCAUCUUUGGUAGCAAUCACAGAAUUGCUGAAAUUGCUGUGGCAGUCACUCGCUUCCUCUGCGGUUUCCUCAUGCCUUUUGUGGCCCUCAGCCUCUUCUAUGGGCUGCUGGUUUUGCGGGUACGCAGCAGUCACUUCACACGCUCCAAAAAGACCCUGAAAGUGGUCCUGGUGGUCGUUGUGGGCUUUUUUAUCUGCUGGGCUCCUUAUCACGUGGCUGGCCUGAUCCAGGCCAGUAAUAAUUCAUGGAGUCCCCUCUUUCUUUUGGUGAACGAGCUGGACCCCCUGGCCGUGGCUCUUGCCUAUGCCAACAGCUGCAUCAAUCCCAUCAUCUACGUCAUAGCAGGCCAAGACUUCAAGGACAAAAUCCGGCGCUCCUUGACUGCUGUGUUGCGCAACAUCCUGAGUGAAGAAACUCUAGCAGCCGCCUCCCACGUCGAGGGGAAAGCUCAGGGCACCUGCACCACCACUGAGGAUCAGAGCACUAAUACAACCCUGUGAGGAGAAGGCCUUCGUGAGCAAGGCCAGCUGCCCCUCCAGCUAUCUGCCUGCCCCCCUCCAGCUGAAAAAAUAAAGCUACGCCCAGAUUCUCAACCCAGUGCAUUUGCAGCAGCUGUCCCUGAGCGGGACUGUUCCUCACUGAUUUUGCUAUAUGAUAGAGACCAAGCGCCUACAGAUGCAAUUACUGUAGCUUACUUGCCAGACCACGGCUUCUCCCUUAUGAAGUGAUAAAAAUAAACAAGUGGAUAGAAAGGAACUUAGGUUUUCGUGUAUUAAUUUGUCUUGGUAUGUCUCUGGGUGUAAUAUAUAUGCAAGUUAGGAAAUGUAUUACUAGUAGUUCAUUUAUAACUAGAAUUUAUAUGCCGCUCCAUUUCUGAGCUAUUGAUAGCAGACGGUAAAAACCAAAAAUCAAUGAAUGCCACAAUAACCAAUCCAUCUGCUGCACCACCAUCCUACUUCUCCCCAGUUCAAUUCCUUUUAUGGGAUUAAAUGUGGAAGAGAAGAAGAGAGCAGCAAUAGCCUACCCUCCCUGGAUAUUCUUAUCAGCAGAGGCAGCAGCAGCAAACUACAAACCUAAGUGCCUCGCGGAGCAAUAAAGUACUAUCAGAGCAACAACCCAACACCACAAAGGAAGGUAGGUAGGAAUACUCUUCAGCAAGAAAAAGCACAUUGUAAUAAACCAGAACUCCAAAAAGCAAAAAUAAGACAUAACAGGUUCCAACCAAUCUGACUCCCCGCCCAAAAACUAUCCAUACAGCCAGUCGCAACCCCACGAUUCAGUGCAACCCCUGAAAAAGGCACCUCACUCGUGCAUCGAAAGCCUCUCUUACGCCAUCCAAAGGCUACUACGACUCCUUGGCGUCAGAGUAGCCCGUCAACCAGAAAACCCAGGCGAGACGUCCCAAGUAACCCCAAAGACCCGCAGGCCAAGUAGGAAAAGCGGGGCCCUCGCGCGCCCGCAAGGACCGCGAGCGACCCCAGGCAGGACAAGAGCCCGGCCGGCCUCUGGCAGCUGGGAGGC